AGAGGCAUGAAGAAGCAACCCUGGAAACACGAAACCUUCGUGUUGCUGUUUCUCGUCCUAGCUCAGAUUCUGGGUUUAGAUGACGACAACCGGCCAGCCACAGAGGUUUGCUCUACACACACCAUUUUACCAGGACCAAAAGGAGAUGAAGGCCAAAAGGGAGACCAAGGCGAAAUGGGCAAGCACGGGAAAGUUGGCCCUAAGGGAUCCAAAGGAGACAAAGGACCAGCUGGCGAUACGGGUGAUCAGGGAAUGAUGGGUAAAAUUGGACCAGUUGGCAGAAAGGGUGACAAAGGACUGAAAGGUUUCUCUGGCGUAUCUGGAGGAAAGGGCAAAGCAGGUGCUGUCUGUGACUGUGGAAAAUAUCGGAAAGUUGUCGGACAACUGGAUAUUAACAUCGCUCGGCUGAAGAGUUCCAUCCAGUUUGUCAAGAAUGUUUUAGCAGGUAUCAGGGAAACAGAAGAGAAAUACUAUUACAUUGUGCAGGAGGAAAAGAGCUACAAGGAAGCCCUCAAUGACUGCCAGAUUCGAGAUGGAAUCCUUGCAAUGCCCAAGGAUGAGGCUGCCAAUGCGGUGAUCGCCGACUACGUGUCCAAGAGUGGCCUUUUCCGAGUCUUUAUUGGGGUGAGUGACAUGGAGAAGGAGGGCCAGUUCAUGUAUGCUGACGGUACCCUAUUGCAGGACUACAGCAACUGGAAGGAAGGAGAGCCACAGGACCCCUUGGGGCAAGAAGACUGUGUGGAAAUGCUCAGCUCGGGGAAAUGGAAUGACACAGAGUGCCACCUCACGAUGUACUUUGUCUGUGAGUUCCCAAAGAAGAGAAAUUAAGGCUCUGGAGAGCGUCCACGUGGUCCACCACAAGGUGGUUCUCCAUAAGCCAGCUAAAGAGUUAAGAUUCUAGGAGGACAACUUGCUUCUGGCGCAAGGAUGUCGCACAAUAAUAGGAUGUUAUACUCUAAACGAUGGGAAUUAACCCCAAAUAGAUGUUUUGGUAAGGCAGUCUGCAGUGGAGACUUGUAUCACCUGCUAAGUCUCUCCGUCAGGUCUGCUGUAUAUUAAAAGUGAGCAACCGUCAACAACCAGGCACCCUCCAGAUUCACUGGUGACAACUCCCAUCAGCCCCAGCCAGCAUGCUGACUAGGGAUGAUGGGGAUAGUAGAGGCAACUUUUAGAGGGCACCAUGUUGGGGAAAGCGAAAAGGGCACAUCUUCACUAUUUUCUCCCAUUACUCUUGCUUCCCAUGCUCUGCAGAAAUACAUCUUGGAUACACACACACGCCUGGCUACAGGCAAAAACUGGCGAAUGGUGGAGAGAUUGCUGGCUCCUUUUUAGCCCUGCUUAAGCUCUGCAAUCAUCUUCAAAUGGUUGCUCCACAUCUUGUAGUUGCUCAUCUGGCAGUGACCAGAGAGAGAGAAAUUUCUCUGCAAUGGAGGCCAAGCUCUGGAACAGGUUUUCUUCAGAUGCAAGACAUGGGCCAAUCUGGCUGCACUGUUGGUGCAUGCUAAAGAUCUUGCAGCUUACUUUGGAAUCUGGCAGUUUGCAACAUCAGCUGUCAUGACAGGAUGCACUCUUAUGCAUAUGGAGAUAGAUGAAAACACCCAGCAUGCCCCAGGCAGCAUGUAGGACUUUUGCCUGUCUCCACAUGCACAAGAUUGUACCCUAUGCUGCUCCUGAGCAUUAUAGAUGUUGGAGAGUCUUGGGUUUUAUUAUAUUUGUAGAAAGGGGACUUCGACUCUUUUUAUUCUUAUUUCUUAUGCACCACCUGCAGAUGAGAACAUGACAGGUAGUAUAUAAAAACUGAAAAUAGAUGCAUGCAUAAAUAUCUGUGAGAAGUGCCAUGGCCACCAGAGAAUGAAGAAAGGAGAUCUUCAGCGUGGAUGGUUGUCAAGCUCUGGCAGCAAGCCUCAAAAUAUUUACUAUCUGUGGCUGAAGGUAUGUUCCACUGAAUGCAAUGAGAUACACGUGCAGAAGAAUAUGGUGGCAGAACAGGUGCAGAUAACGGUUAGGAGUGCUUCCAGCAACUAUAAAACCUGCACAGCGGACAAAGGGGCAUUUUACAUGGGAAGCAUUCAGAACUGGUGUCCCCCAACACCAGCCCGCUGCAGUGCUAACGUUCAUGCUACCGUUGCGGUCAUGUUCCCCCCGCCUGCGUAAAUCUAGUCUUCUUUCCCAGUAUGCGCAUCUUGCAGUGUUAUGCUAAAGCAGCUGUUGGGUGGUUUGAGAUGCUUUCAAGGGGAUGUUACUUAGAACCAUCUGGGGACACCAGUUCUCCAAGAAGAUGCUACCCAUGGGGCCCAACUACCUCACAGAAUGGUUGUGGGAUCAGAAUACAACACAAGCUGAAAUACACACUGCAACAUGAAAUGUUGCAUUAUAAAAUGAUAUGUUGUAAAAAUGCCCUUGGAUGCUAUUUUUGUUGGCUUGUUCGUUUGCUUCAUUUCAUUUCUGUACUACCCAACAGUCAAAGUUCCCUGGGCAGUUCACAAAAUAUAAAACACAGAUUGAAUAAAAUACAAAAUAAAAUACAAAUGCAAUAAAAUACUUCAUAACAUUUCAUUAUGUACAACUUAAGCCAGUUUAUACAGCUGAAACAAUUUCAAUUUUAAGAUGAUUAGCCUGGUUAAAGCAGCCAUCCAAUGCCUGGGAAUACAGGACAGUCUUACCAUAGGGCCAAAAAGUUGGUGCUGGAUGGAUCUUACUGACAUCUUUCCAUAACUGAGGAGCCACCACCAAGAAGUUCCCAUUUGCUGCCACCUUCUAAGCCUCUUUUGCAGGUGGCACUCAAAGGCAGUCCUUACAUAUAGUUUAGUUUAAACUAAAAAGUACCUUUGCAAACAACUGAAGUACCCUUCCCCAACCUGGUGGCCUCAGCUAUGAUGGACUACAGCUCCCAUUAUCCCCAGUCAGCAUGGCCAAUGCACAGGGCCGAUGGGAGUCAUAGUCCAGAACAUCUGGAAGGCACCCUGGUGGGGAAGAGUAAGCCAUGGCCCGGUGCCCACCUCACAGCCUGGUUCCAACCAACAGAAGGGGAAGUGGUUGAAAUCAUGUCCUGCUCAGCUCUUUGGGGCCUCUUUCUGGGUGUCAUUCGUUUUGUCCCAGCUGAGAGCACAACAAGCAGAGGAACUUGAAUUGCAGGUUAGCUAGGGAGACAGUGCUUGAGUCAUGAACUUCCUGGGAUGGGUGCGAUCAUUCAGGUAAACCAGUGCCUCUGGCAGAGGUGCUGAAAGGAGCGAUAGGAAUGACCCCACAGCUCAGAGCAAUGACAUCCACAACAAUACCGGAAGGUCAAGUACUGUCCAGAUCUAGUUGGCCCUGCAAGGAAACACUGGAAAGCAGAAAAAGAGGGGGUGUGAAGACAUCAUCUGUUGUAUACGAUGUUCUUUGGAAGCAGAUCUGAUUAAUGUUUGCAUGGAAGUACGUCACAGAGGCCCAUAGGGCUCAGUCCCAAGUAAGUUCAGGGUGACCUGUAAAAAAAGAAGUCACGCAGCAUUGCAACAGAAUAUUUCAAGUUGCAUAAGGUGUGUGUGUGUGCACAUUUAGAAAGACUUGCUAUAACUUAGGGAGCCAUCCUAUGCUACUUAGGCAGAAAAGACCUACAAUGCCUCAGCUGAGAGUAAGUCCUUUUUUCUGCUGAAUUGCAUAGGAUUGCACCUUUAAAGGGAAAUAUAAUAUAUCUCACAGUCCAUUUCCAGGCAGAUUCUAACUUUUAAACCCUAUGCAAGGUCCAACAGAAAAACAGAAUACAAUUUCCAGCAUGCUGGACAUUGCAGCUCUUAUUUCUGUUCGGACAUGCAGAGGACUGUGCCUUUUAAAAGACAUGCAUUAAUGCACCACAAUGAGAAAGACUGUGAACAGGUGAACCAGGCACCCAUCUGCCUCAUCUAGUGCUCAGGUGCUCCCUGUUGGUGGCUAACUUCAUGUCCCCUGGAUACUCACGCUUGGACUGGGCAACCUUAAAACAGAGGAUGUCUUCAAAGAGGGACUGUUCUCUGUAAAGCAGACACAUGCCCACCUGUCUAUAGGAUUGCAUUGAUAGGUCACUUUCACUGUCCAUAUAAGUGCCUGUUACCAUGCGUGCUUAUCUUAGAUGCAUGUACGAAGUGUGAAGCAUGUUCUCCAAGAUGUUCAUUCACUCACAAAAACUGGUGUGGGGGAAGCAAGGAGGACCUUCCAACAUUACCUGGAAUCCAAAGGGACAUCCAUGGCAAAGGAGGCAAUUCCAACAAACACACACACAGACACACAGAGGGAAAGAGCAUUUACUGAGUAGAAACACAAAUUUAAAAUGCACAUUACUUUGGGAGAAAUAACUUGGAAGAACCAUCGCAAUUCAAAACCAAGCCGGAUGAACCUUAAACCCUUCACUGAGAUCCAUUCUUCUGUCAUAGACACUCUGGGGCUAAACUGACAUACAGUUGUGGUUCAGGAGGAAGGAAAUGUUGAUGUGAGAGGUUGCCAGGAGGAGAUGGAAAGCUCAAGAGUCCCUAUCAUUCUUGGGAAGGAAAAAGAAAGAGUUGGAGAUGAGUGUAAGGGGGCAAGUGAGCUUUCUUUGAGCAUUUUUUAAAAGAUCAGGGAAAAAUGCAGUAUCUGUGAAUCCAAAAGAAUUUUUUUUUAUUUGUAUAAGUGCAAUAUUUCACUACACCACAGUGCCACCAUGAGGUCAGGUUGCAGAAAAGCAUGAAAGAAAGCACACCUUCUAUAGGACCGGGAUCUCAAUUCUUCAACAAAUUCAAAAGGAGAUACAGCAGAUGAAUGGCCCCUUGCAGGAAAACUCCUCAGUAUCCUCUUUAAGAGCCCCAUCCCCCUGGAGCAAUGCACAGGGGCAAGAAGAUGCUGGAGUUUGCCUUGCUGCGGGUGGCUGAGCUGAAGCAUGGGCAGUAGAUCCCUGAAGGCCCAGGCACCCAAUGAAAGGCGAUGGCAUCCCUUCCAAUAUUAACUGUGGCACAUGGCCACUCUGGAACUGAUGUGCAAUUAGCAUGGGAUGUGAGAACUGCAGGCUAGAAGAAAGACCUUCCCCUCUCCAAGAUCUUAUAGCUGGUGUGCCUGACUGUCUUCCUGCCCCACCCUUAGCCUUCCCCCAAAUUUUUCCCAUGACGAUGUUUCAUCGUGCAGUUCUGGAGUCAACGUUCCACUCUCCAAGUUACAUUAAAGGGGUGGAGUUCAUAAAAACUUGUACAGUCUUGUUUAGCAGAGAAUAGCAUACCAGGACAGAAUAACAAAGCAAACUAGGAAGAAAUGCCUACAGUGAAAGGUGUGCAUGUGUGUGCUGAAGGUGUGUUCACUCUUGGGCAUGAUUCAGCACUCACAUCCGUGUUUCAUUUUGAGUAUAUGUUUUGCACCAUGCUGUGGGUACAAACUGAGGUCUGUUGUUGAUUACGAUGAUGAUAAUGAUGAUGAUUUUAUUUGCUUAGAAGAUGAAGUGCAAGCAUCGACUCUCCAAUUGCAGGCAAUGGGCCUUGAAAAGGUGCUAAAUUUAGCUGGAUCAUUGCCAUUCUGCUGAAGUUAGGACUGGUCUACCCGUGUAGAUUAAUUGUGAGGUAGAAUAUUGGGGUGGUAUCCUAGGGCCACAUCCUGUGCAUCAGCAGCACCCAUCCCUUGCCGUGAGCAUUACCAUGUGAACUGUAUCCUGCUAAGUUUCUUUGUAGACCGAGACAGAAACGUGUACCGAGCAUAUUCAAUGAGAAAGAUUCUUCCCCAUCUCUUUCCUUGCUUUGCUGGCUUCCUACUUGCAGGGACAAGUGGAACAGUCCAUUUUAGUCUACUAUUCUGUUUCAUAUGUGUAUAAUACCAGCUGGAGCAUGCUGGGAGUUGUAGGAAUUUUUUCUUUAUAAGCUAGCCCAGCAAUAUACCUUAAAUCACCUUUGAGCCUGAAAGCUGAGUGCUUGUUUUAACCUAUAAAGCCCUACACAGCUUUGGACCACACUGUCUGAUGGCAUGGCUCUCUCAACCUCAUCCUAUCCUGACCCUAUGAUUGUCAUCCAGGACAUUUCUGCUACGGAGUUACUAUACAAAUACUGUGCUUGUAACUACCAAUGGCACUAUUGCAUUGCUCCUAUACUUCCUGUUCCUGUGCCUCUUCUUACCUUUGACCCAGAUGUAAUAAUACAGUGCUUCAUGACCCCUCCGACUAACAGCUUGCAGUGUCGUCCGUUCUGUACAUGAAACACUUUCUCCAACUGCCAACUCCAAGAGAACCCAGGAAAGAGGCCAGAAGGAAGAGGGCCUUCUCACUGGCGUCCCCCAGUUAUGGAAUUAUCUCCCCAGUGACUCUCACCUGGCACCAACAUGGCCAUAUUUUUGGCAUCAGAUUAUAAUUUCCCUCUGUUCCCAGGCAUUUGUUUUCAUUUAAUGGCCUAUGAUGGGUUAUGCCAGCCAUCCUAAUUAGGUCUACUUUUACCGAAAUUGUUUUAGCUGUUUAAUUCAUCUGAAAUUGUUUGAGAUGUUUCUCAUUUCUGCAUAUGGAAAUUUUAAACUAUUUAUAUUUUUACUGGAAUUUUAUAACGCCCUUUGAUUUUAGCUGUAGCACUUUUUAAUUGUAUCUUUUUUUUCUCUGUAUUGCUGAGUAAUUGAUGUGAAGUGCCCACAGGGUUUUAGCUAUUGUGUGGUACAGCAAUAAAAUAAAGAAUAGUGAUUAUCAUCAAGUGGAAGAGAAAGCAGAACCAAGACAUUUGUAACAUACAUGAGCAUCCCAGACGGAGCAGGAUUUACAUUCAUAUUUUAAAGUAACUGCAGCAAAAGCCUUUACAACUCUGAGGUCUACUAAUGUUGGCAGCAGGAUUUAAUACACAUAAGAUCAAAUAUGGAGCUAAAUCCCUGCUUGAGGAACUGUAGUAGCAUCUAUUUCACAAUAACACAAGGGGAACAGAGCUGCCUAGUUCACACUAAGAGUUUACCCAACCAAGUAUCCAGCCUCCACCAGUGACGAGUUGCAAAUGCAAUGCACAAAAUGAACAUCAAAAGGACAAACUUCAGUUGGUAGAUUAACCAGCUAAAGCUUUCUUUGAUUAAACGGCAGGAAUUAGUUUUAAUCGGUUGCAGCCAACACACUCUUCUGAGGGUGUGUUGGUUCUGUUCACCUAGUCUAAAAGCGAAUUUAAAAAAGAAAAAGAGAUAUGAAAGUAGGUCUUGGGUUCCAUGCAUUUGCUUUUCUUCUAAAUGGAUAAUAAAAUGUUAGUUACUAUGGUGAUUUUAAAAAUCCCCACAAAACACUUUCUUGAGAAAGUAGCAAAAUAGUUUUGAUAGAAGCACUGCAUGUUUCUAAAAGACAUUCCAAACUAGAGUAGUGGUAAUAGCCCAGAUUGGACAAAAUUCCAAUAACAUCUACUUUCCACUUUUUCACCCUGGUGUCCUCCAGAUGUGUUGGACUACAGUUCCCAUCAUCCACCAACAUUUUAGUCAAUGGUCAAAGCUACCGGCAAUGGUAAGGGAGCAGCAGGUUGUGGAAAGUUGUGUGAGGAUUAUGAAAAUUCAGCUGCAAAUGAAAUGUUAUCCUUCUUGUUCCUAGGGAGUGCUUCCCAGCAUCACGCUCUUGCGUUAAACCACUGAUUUAGUGAUUCACAGAGCAUAAAACACUUCUAUGUGCUUGGCUCUCUGCUUGUAAAGCAUGCACACAGACAUCACAAUUUAUUAUAACGUUACAAGUUACAACUCCUUGAAGGUGGUGUGUAACAACUUUUAUUUCUUUGUGAGAAGAGACAAGGUAACAAGAAGAAUGCAGGUGAACUGGCUUAAGUUUUGAAAAUGGAACAGCAAAAUACAAACCUGUUUGCUGACUUUUGGACUGAAGUAUCCUUAAUCAAGUGCUCUGGUUUACUAAUUCUACUGAAGUCAAAGAAAAACCAAAAGAGCAUAUUGCAUAAGUUUCCUGGGGAUGGGCCCAUUUUUUAUAAACUGGUUGUAGUAAUCUUGUAUGGCUAUGAUUGCAGAAAAAAAACAAUGACCUGUUUACCCAGUUAAGGAAACCAGACCUAAAAAUAAUUACUAAGUAGCAGGGAUAUGGCUUUUCUGAAAAUUUUUGAACUGGAUUUUUCCCAUAAUUUGCAUUCAGUCAUUUGCAUAGCAAUUUCUUUGGUUUCCAUUGAAAAAGAUUCUGAUGUUCUGGCUUACAACUCCCAUGAUCCCUCACCAUUACCUAUGCUAGCUAGGGCUGCUGGGAGUUCCAAGCCAAAACAUCUGGAGGACUGCAAGUUGCCCACCCCUAUUGUAAAGGGAUCUAAUUCAACAUGUUUACUAUAUUUGCAUGAAAAUGAAAAAACUCCAAAAUGUCCUAUUCUGGACAGGCUUGCUCAGCACCUGUAAAUUCAGGUCUGUGGCUUCCUUUAUGGAGACAUUCCAUCUAGUAGUUGGUCUUUUUCUUCUCCUGUCUUCGACUUGUCCUAACACUGUUGUUUUCUCCAGGGAGUUUUGCCUUCUCAGAUAUAACAGCCUCAGUUGUAUCAUUUUUGAUUCCAGAGAAAGCUCUGCCUUGCUUUGAUCUAGGACCCAUUUUGAAAAAAAAAAUCAUUCUAAUGCACCACAAUUACUUAACCUGAAAUAUUAGAAGGGGAAAUUCCAAAUUAUAAAGAUCACAAUCAUAUUACCCUCUGUAGCAGAUGCAUCUAUGUCUCCAAAUUUCAAGGCUUUGAGUAUCUCAAAAUGUCCCCCCAUUUUUAUAGAGUGGUUGUCAACGUUCCCCUGAAUAGUUUAAAUUUAAAGGGAGAAAAAUGCUGUUAAAAACUAUUGAAACACUAAUACAUUUCAGCAACACAAACAGCUUUGCACAAAAUUCUGACAACUGGACUCCCAUUUCAACACCCUCCCAUUAGGGUUGUUGGGGCAACUUCUGUUUCACUGUCACUAUUUAUUAGUUUCAUUUCAAUCUGAGACACAGAUGUACUUCGAUAACGUAUAUGUACCCUCUCACAUAAUUGCCAGGGAUAAUCCCCUGAAGAACAUGAUUUACAACUUUUGCCUAUUAUUUCAGUUGUAAUUGUUACACAUUCAUUUUUUAACAAAUGAAACAGAACUUUUUCUGUGAAAAAGUGAAGCACUGGAAAAGUUUGCACCCUAUAGCACUGCUGGGAAGCAACCCUUAUUCAGCAUUGCAAGAUGUAAUUUUAGAUCAUUAUUACCAUCACCAUUGUUUCUAUACUGCUGAAACUCUUUGGGUGGUUCUCAGAAAUAAUCACUAUGCAAGAUAAGAGAAACAUAAUAUAAAAUCUUUUACACACAGAAUUACAAUCAUUGGGCAGAGCAUCCUAUGGCCCCUAAACAGCAUCCAAAGGGCAAAGGGAUGAACUGGUGUUUCUGCACUGAUGUCAGAAAACAGGGAAUCUGAGCUGGGAUUCCAUGCUCAGAAAACCCUGCCCACCCAACUCACAGCCAGCAUGGGAAGAAUCACACUGGCUGUUUCUCCAAGGUUGUCAGAGUGACUGCGGAGAAGAGGUUUGGGGCUCAAUCCAUCCAUAUGCCUCUAUGCCUCCCAACUUGGCGGUUUCCAGACAUCCUACACAGGCCACAAACUCUUAAACUAGACUAUCUGAUUCACAAGUUUGCAGCUCAGUUCUAGAAGCCAGUUCCCACACGAGCAAAGUGUGGCAUUUGAUGGCAUAUACAUUACUAGGAGCUUAUGUAGUUCAUCCCACAGUUGCUACAUGUUGAAAUACAUUUAAUGUCUCCUCUUGGGCAUGGAGCUUAUCAUUAUGGCUUAACUCUAAUAUCCCCUGGUAUGGGAUUUCUCCCUCUCCUCUCCUGGCUGCAACUGUCCACACUAGAAAUUGAAGAGCUGGAAUUCCUAUUCCAUGGACAGAACCAACGAAUUCCAUUGGCAGACUACAAUCUGAUUCAACCCUAUAGCCUUACAAGCAAGAUCUGCAAUUAAAAGUGUUCACAUCUCUGGAACAUUGCAUUAGCAGAGAAGCUGACUAAACAGUUAAAAAUAGCAAGAGGGAAUUAUUGUGGUGUUUCUAUACAGCCCAUAGAAGAAGCUCCCUGGGCAGUUUAUAACAAUCAUCUACUCCAGUCUCCCAUCCUGUUUCUUGCCAGGCCUGACUCUGCUUAGAUUCCAAGAUUAGAUGGGAUCAGGCUACCUGGAAGCUAAAAGCUUUAGAGAACGUUGCUACUGUUUUAUGACAUGCAAACACAAAAGAUAAUGCUUGACACCACCCACUACACUUGGAUGACUAUCUAAAGCCUCCAUUAAAACAAUGCAAAAUACUCCUGACUUCUUAAAACUGUGUUUCAAGGUCCUAUGACAAAUUUACCAGGCCCCAAAAUGAAACAGACUAUCAACAACCGUCACUAUUCCUAGGUCCUUUUUGAACUGUUUUGCAGGGGGAAAUAAUAAAAACCACGUAACAACAACAAUAACACCCUGCUGAAUUUCAGUGGCAUGAAACUGACAGUCAACAGCAGUGAAUCAAAGCGUAUAAGCACCAAGGCCCAGAUUCUCUGGGACACACCAGCUGGAUGGGACUGCGGUUGUCAUGCCCAGAGCAGGUGUGUUCCUGGAUUAACCUAGUUAGAAUAGAUUUACAGCUGCUUUGUGCUUCCAGAAUACCGCAGAACAGCUGCUGUCUAGAAGAAAAACCCAUCUAAUGACAUUCCUUGCUUGCCUUUCUUCAUAAAAGGCUUUGGACCUGAUCCAGCAAGCGUCAUUGCUCAUAAUUUAUGAAGAUGGCUUGCAAUUCCAUAGGAACCAUCACUUCAUUUGGGCUUCAACAAGCCGGCCACUGCAACCCACACACCGACCAAUGCAACCAAUAAUCAAAAAGCAAUGGUGAAUCCAACUGUAGACGGGUUUGUUCAGGAGAACAUCAGGAGAAGGCAGGACUCUCUGAAGAAGAUGGGCAGGAUGAGUGCAUGCAAGAGGACAUCUUUUCUUGGACAUUUGCUAACCACAUAGAAGAAGAGACUCUCUUCUGUACAAUGAGUAAAAGUGCAGGAGCCCUGAUCCUUCCCCAUUCUACUGGUGGGUCUUGCUCCAUAAUACAGAUCUGUCUGUUUCCUUUCCUAUAGCUUUCAAUGGUACCCCAAAUUAGAUUUUGAAGGGAGCCGCCUUAUGGUGCAAUCACAUCUACAGCUAAAUGGGAUUACUUGCCAUCGCAACAUUUUUUAGAAUCUAGGUUUGCCCCCACUGCAUUUAUAGCUUCGGAGUUUCCUUCACUAUUAAAAGCAUUUAUUAGGCUGAUGCUAUAUAUCCACCCACAAUCAAAGUUUACAAAUAUUUAUUAUCAGUGAAUAAAUAUGACACUCAGGGUCUUAAGCAGGAAUGGAAGAGGGAGUUGAGCUCUCCUGCUUGACCCAGUCAAUGGAUCACCUCUUAUCACCUGUAUCAGAAGUGGCAAUGGAGCUUAGAUACAUCUUAUUCAGCAAAAAUGUGUGUUUCAUGUUUAUUGGAUGCCACAGUGUUUCUUUAAUAAGGGAAUGUCUAAGUCAGUUAAUGGCUGAGGUAUAAUAUGCUAAAUGCUUCUUUUACCAAUAUGUUCUGGCAAUCUCCAGUACUUGCUUCUUUUUGGCAGGAGGUCAUGAUAUGGCCAAACUUUGUCCUGGAAUAUUCUUUAAUAUGUACUGUUGAGUACAUUCUCUUAAAGUGUUUACUUGUAGCUCAGAAGUAAAAGCAAAGUAAACAGAAAUGAAUUUCUUCAUUCCUGUGACAGUUUAAAGGCAUGGAAACAAUAAUUGUCCAUCUCCUAUAAUACACGAGAUUGAGAAUCUAAUAAUGCUUUCAACAUUUGAAUGGGUGGCAUAUAGAUACCAGCUGUUAAUGGGUAAUAUAUAGACACCUAAUCUGCCUUUCUUGAAGCUUACGUAAUGGUUUCUACUGAUAAUUGUAUUUUCAUAUAUACAUAUAUACACCCAGGUAUAUAUUUUAUAUGCAUUUAUUGUAAGUGAUUUGUUCAUAUGUGUGGG